AUGCGGUCGAGUAUCGCGUGUGCGCGAUGCCGUCGCAGCAAGAUCAAAUGCGUCAAUGCCGGAAUCGAUACCACCUGUCGGGCAUGCGAAUCCUCCGGUCGAGAAUGUGUAUAUCCCACACCCGCCAUCGGCCUGGGCGCUGGUGCGGCGAAGCGGGACAUCGCCGCCAUGGCCGAUGGGGAGGAUCGCAAUGGCGAUUGGGAUAACCCCAAGCGACAACGCUCGCGCAAGGCUACCGUCUCCUCCGCGGCCGCCAAAGAUGCCGCCAAGGCAUCCAUGGACGUGCUCGACUCCUCCGUGCUGACCGUCAAGGUCUGGGAGGCCGUCUUUGAUCUCUUCCAGUCCCAUUACGCCCUCAUCCUCCCCUUCCUGCAUCCCGCCUCCUUCCUCAGUCAGAUUCGGCAACUUUCGAGCAGUCAGGGUUCCACCAAUUCGACUACUACUACUACUACUACUACUACUACUACUACUACUACCAACAGCAGCAAUACUACCGCGAACCAAGAACACUCGCGAGAUUCCGCGCAAAGUCCGCCCGCGCCCAAGUCAGAAUCGAAUCCCUUAAUCCCAUUAGGCGUCCUCGCCCUCACCGCUCGCUUCCACCCUCAUCUCGUCGCCUAUCACUCUCCCGCCUCUACGGGCAACCCGUCGAACCCUCUCGUGGCCUCCGAAUUCUAUGCGACGGCACUGCGCAGCCGGCUGGCCGGCAUUGAUGGUGCCAGUCUGGCCAUUCCCGAUCUCACCCGCGUCCAGGCCCUGCUCAUGCUCGCCCUCCAUGAAUGGGGCAUGUGCCGCGGCAAGAGUGCAUGGUUGUAUGUGGGAAUGGCCAUCCGACUGUCGCAGGCCAUGGGGCUCCCCUUUGAGCUGGAAAACGAGCUCCUGUGCCGCGAACCCCCCCGGUCCCCGGCCCUCAAGCCCGAGACUGAGAUCUUUGGCGUGCCCCGGCGAGGGCCGGAGCCCAAAGAGCAGACAUCCGACGAUGUCAUCGCCCAAGAGACGAAGCGUCGCACCUUUUGGGCUUGUUUCAUCCUCGACCGGUGCCUCAGCAGUGGCAAGUACCGACCGCGCAUGAUCCGCGUGAAGGAGCUGGGCAUCCAGCUUCCCAGCGAGAACGCCUUCGCCUUUGGCGAGCGCGUGCGCACCUCUCGUCUCAACGAACCCUCGGCCCGUCGUCCGCAGAGCUUUGGCUCCCAGGGGGUUCAGAUCCCGAGUAUCCGCCAAAGUUUGGGGGGGUUCGACGACAAGCUCCCCAGUAACCCACCCGACAACAAGCCCUGGUCUCCCAUCUCCCGCCGAAAAGACUCCAGCGAGGAUGAGAUCGAUCGAUGGGAAAUUGGGGCCGAGGAGCCCGUGCUUAGCCGGGUGAUUCGCAUCGUCCGAAUCUGGGGCAGUAUCGCCAAAUGGUCGUGUGCAGGGGGCCGAAGGUAUUCCGCCCCAGCCCCUGUCGGCUACUACGGCUCCGGGACUAACGGUAGUAGAACGGAACAGUUGCCCCCUUGGCAUAUGGAUUCCCAAUUCGCCAAGCUGCGGACGAUGCUGGGAGACUUCCAAGAUGGACUCUCCCGCAACCUGCAGUACUCCCCCCGCAACACCGACACACAUAUCAUGUACAAGAACAAGCUGGCGUCGUAUACCGUCAUGCAUGUGGUCUACUUCCUCUCCGUUAUCGUCCUCCACCGUGCCCACAUCCCGUUUCUUCCCGUGAGGUGUAAGGAGCCGGCCGGGCCGUCCGACGAGCCGUUAUUUCCCGGCGAAAAGGUGGGUUCGCCCGCCGACGGAUUCUGGCGCGAGAGUGCCCGGGAGCUGUUCCGGGCCGCCCGGCAGACGAUGGACCUGGUUGUGACCUGUCAGGAGCGGGGGGUGUUGGUCGAGAACCCUCUAGUUGGGUUUGCCAUCUACAAUGCGGCUUUGAUCGGCAUCUACGCAACCCAUUUCCCCCACAUGGAUCUCGAAGGUCUCCUGAGCCUGAGGCCUGGAGCGCCCGGGGACGGACAACAGGGUCAAGCGCAGACCCGCAAGGCCCUUGAUAUCCUGCGCGAUAUGCGCUCGCGUCUCAAGAUGGCCACGGGCUGGUUCCGCACCCUGAACCGACUUCACGGCUACUUCUCCAAGGUCAAGCGCGAUUUCCGGCGUCAGUCCCGCAAGAUGGACCUGAGCCUGGACGGUCUCGAUCCGUAUGCCAACGGGAUCCGGCUGGUGCGAGACGGUGGCGUCGGGGCCGGGCUGGAGGAGUUCAAACUGCUCGAGAAGCUCUUCCUCGACUUUGGGAGCAUGGAGGACCGAUUGCCCGAGGGCAGUGCCGAGGAGGACGGUGUGGAGCGGGCGACGAACCUCAGCGAUGCCGGCAGCAAUGCCGUGCGCAGUGAGCCCGGUGAGACGGGUGAGCCUCCCCUGGAUGGGGCGGGCGGACGUCGCGAAUCCUGGGUUCCGAUCAACAGCCCUGGGCUCCCGCUGCCCAAUCCCGGUCCCGAUGCCGAGCGCCGACCCAGCCUGCCACUGCCUCCUAGUCGGGCCCUGCAGCCGCAGUCGCCCUAUUCCCUCCCGUCCUUGCAGCACCAUCCCGACGGUCCUCUCUACGGUACUUCCUCUCCGAACCUUCCAUCAAUCACCCCGUCUGGCACCUACGGUGGCCCGUCGCCGACCUCGACGGGCGGUCCCUCCCCUCAGUAUGGAGGCGUGCCCCCUCCGACCAACCGUCUCCAGCCAUUGAACUCGUGGCUUACCUCGCGGCAACAAGGGCCGUAUUCCCAAUCUCUUCCCCCGAUCAACCAAGCGGCCGCUCCGCACGGACUUCCGCUGCUGCCUCCACCGGGAUCCGUCAACCAUCCGGCGGCCUCUCCUCCCGUGACGGUGGAUGGCUAUGAGAGCAUCGCGUCCAAUGGUCUGUGGUCGACCAGUCUCGGUGGGGAUGAUGUGCUGGCGUUCCUGGACGGAUCCGACUGUGACCAAUUGUCCAGCAUGAUGCCGUCCGAGGUUGGCAUUCCGGCCGGAUGGUUAAGCACCGUGUGGGGCGAAUUCUCCCGCUGA